UCUAGCAGUGGACGCGCUCCAAAGAUCGAGCGAUCGAUCGAUCCAGGGAAUCGAUCGCGAAAGCUCGUGUUAUCGAGCGCUAGGAUCAUCCAAAUCUCUUGGAGGAGAGAAGGAUCACGCCAUGGCGCUCGAGGUGCUGUCCGCCUUGGACAAGGCCAAGACGCAGUGGUACCACUUCACGGCCAUUCUCAUCGCGGGGAUGGGCUUCUUCACCGACGCCUACGAUCUGUUUUGCAUCUCCACCGUCACCAAGCUCCUGGGAAGGAUCUACUACUUCGAUCCAGCCUCGGGCAAGCCCGGAUCACUCCCUCCAAACGUAGCGGCGGCCGUGACGGGUGUGGCCUUCUGCGGGACGCUCGCCGGUCAGCUCUUCUUCGGCUGGCUCGGUGACAAGAUGGGACGAAAGAAAGUCUAUGGGAUCACGCUGCUGCUUAUGGUCAUCUGCUCGAUCGCCUCGGGGCUCUCCUUCGGCCACACUGCCAAGUCGGUGAUGACCACGCUGUGCUUCUUCCGGUUCUGGCUCGGAUUUGGCAUCGGUGGCGACUAUCCUCUCUCGGCCACGAUCAUGUCCGAGUAUGCCAACACCAAAACCCGGGGAUCUUUCAUCGCGGCGGUGUUUGCCAUGCAAGGAUUCGGGAUCCUCGCGGGUGGAACAGUGUCACUCAUCGUCGCCGCGGCUUUUCGAAAGGCCUUCCCGGCCCCAAUCUUUUCCGUGAAUCCGGUAGCGUCGACGCCACCCGAGGCGGACUUCGUGUGGCGGCUCAUCUUCAUGUUCGGGGCUCUCCCCGCCGCCGCGACGUUCUACUCGCGGAUGAAGAUGCCCGAGACCGCUCGCUACACCGCGCUGGUGGAAGGGAAUCUCAAGCAGGCUGCCAAGGACAUGAGCAAAGUUCUCGAGUUGGAAGUCGGGGCCGAGGCUGCCAAGAUCCAAGGCGCCACCAACAAGUAUGGCCUCUUCACGGGAGCGUUUGCGAGGCGACACGGCCUCCAGCUCCUGGGAACCACGACGACAUGGUUCUUCCUCGACAUCGCCUUCUACAGCCAGAACCUCUUCCAGAAGGACGUUUUCACCGCGGUGGGAUGGCUCAAAAACGGCAAGACGAUGAGCGCGCUGGACGAAGUCUACAAGAUCUCGCGAGCGCAGACACUGAUCGCGCUGUGCUCCACUGUUCCCGGGUACUGGUUCACGGUGGCUCUCAUCGACAGGAUGGGACGCUUCACCAUCCAAAUCAUGGGCUUCUUCUUCAUGACGGUGUUCAUGUUCGCGCUCGCCAUCCCUUACAACAAUCUCCGCGGGGACAAGUGCCCAGAUGGCUACUGCGGCGGCCACCAUAUGACGUUCAUCGUGCUCUACUCGCUCACCUUCUUCUUCGCAAACUUCGGGCCAAACGCCACCACUUUCAUCGUCCCCGCGGAGCUCUUCCCGGCUCGGCUGCGAUCGACUUGUCACGGGAUCUCGGCCGCGGCUGGAAAGGCCGGAGCCAUCGUUGGAUCUUUCGGGUUCCUCUACGCGUCGCAGAGCACUCACAAGGCCGAUACCGAGGCCGGGUAUCCGCCGGGAGUGGGGAUCAGGACGGCUUUGCUGUUGCUCGGAGGAUGCAACGCUCUCGGGCUCAUCUUUACGUUCCUGGUUCCAGAGACCAAGGGGCGGUCGCUCGAGGACUUGUCCGGGGAGAACGAGGAGGAGAUGGUCGCUGCCCCCGCGCCUACUCCCCCAUCGAUCCAACAAGUCUAAGUUCAUGAUCAUCGCUGAGAGAAGCAAGCGAGGAAGGAAGUUUUUCUUACAAGCCAAGUUGAGCAGAUAUAUACUUGUAUAUCUUCAGUGUUUCUUGUCAAUAAGCAUGCUCUUAACACAAGAGAGAACAUUUGAUUUUUCAUGCUA